AUGGCCACUAACUACUACUAUAUGCAAUGUGCCACUCCGAAUUCCCUAAAAUUCCCUGCCUUUGGGCUGAAUUUCCGUCGAAUUUUGUUUCGAAAUCCAACCAAAUCGAUCGUUCUGCUUCGAUUUCAUUGGAAGGAGGCUCAGAAGCUGAUUGACAUCCCAGAACAACUGGCAGCGGUACCACCGGAAGGCUUUAAGGCUGUCGUUGUAUGGUUGAAUCUACCGAAUAUUGUGGAUAAGGAUGUGGUCGAGAGCAACUUCAUUGACAUUCAUUGCUGGGUGGUGGAAGACCUGGAUUCGACCGAAAAUUGGCUUCAGAAUCCGCCUGGAUAUCAGUUUUUGAUGCACAAGAUACAGGUAUGUUGUUUUUAUAUGGAUUUAAAAAAGACAUUAUAAAGGGGAGUUUUUGAGGAGUAGGUUAUGUUAUAGUAGGUACAUUACAGUAGGCAGGGAUCGAGCUCAGGGACGUCGUUUGGGGAAGGGGGGUAAGGGGGGGGCUACCUCCUCUCCCAAAGCCGAUCCGAAAAAAAAUUCCACAGGUCCCCUGUACGCGAAAAAAACAAAAAAAAAUUUUUUUUUAAAUCGGUUCACAGGAGCUACGUGUGGACGAAAAAAUUUUUUUCGACCUCCCCCUCCCCCAGAGAAAAUCCGUAGCGACGUCCCUGAUCGAGCUAAAUUGUUAAUAAAAGAGGUGAGGAGCGGUAUGAUAUAGAUUAAGAAAGGCAGGAUAAGGAGAGUUUUUGAGAACUAAGUUAUAUUAUAGUAGGUAUGUUAUAGUAGGUAGGGAUCAAACUAAUGGGUUAGAGAAGAGAUGAGGAAGGUAAAGUUUACUUCAUAAAACUAUGAGUAUAAAUUACGCCGAAGCUAGUAUUUUUUAAAUUUCAGACAGAACUGACUGAUUAUGUGGAUGAAUCUGCCUUUCAACCAACGUUCAUGGAGGUAUACCUAAAAGACGCGCACAAAGAUACGAUGGCGGAUGAUACAGUCGGCUUGGAAGGUAAUUUUUUUAAAAGUUAACUGGAAAAUACGAUGUUAUAUCUACGUUAACAAUAGCUUUCGCAAAAAUAUAGCAAAAUUGCUCAGAAUCAAGUUUUCGUGGCGGGACUCAAAGUUUUUUAAAAAAUUUUUACAAUAAAUAACUUUGUGCCAUUUUUAAUAAGACCUUAUAGAAUUAAGCUUAACAUUUUUAUUAUAUUUUUGCAACAAAUUUUAAACUUUGUUUUAAAAUGGUUUUGAUGUGGUAUAUUAUAAAGGUUAAUAUUAGGUUGUUCAAAUAAUUCAGACCCCUCUCAAAGAAAAUUUUUUGGGGUUAUGAGGCCUAGAACUAUUUGAACAAUGUUAUAUAAACAUUAAUAUUAUAAAAUUUCAGCUCUUCAUCUACUGAUCACCAAGACCUUGAAACAAUGGAAAGAGGAUAAGCCUCAACUAUUAGAGACCUCGAAUUCGGAAUCGACCGGUCAAUUGUCUACAAAGUCUUCUGGUCUACCUUUGGUUUGGGCGCAAAUGCUCAGAAGAUACUGGUUUUAAUAAACUUGACUUACUCGAUUGUUAUUGUCUUCUUCACCUUAACCAAGACUUGUCUAAGGCUUAUAAUUACCUUAAAAAUAUUGUCUUAGGCUUACAAUUACCUGAGAAAUCUGGUUUUAGGCUUAUAAUAUUGUCUUUUGGGUUCUUUUUGGUGUUGCUUUUGUUCUUAUUUUAGUAAGGUGUUUACUGACGGCUGUUCUAUAAGGUAUUUGUCUUAUUUUGGUCUUUAUAAAGUGUUGUACUUAAGGUUCAAUGCCAAAAACUGGAAUUUUUAAUCAAAAGUUACGUCAAAGAGGCUAUUAUUAGGUUGUUUAAAUAAUUCUGUGCUCCUUUCUCUUACAAAUUUGCUUUGAAGUGAGGUACAGAUUUUUUGAACAACUUAAUAUUAUACUAAACUAAAUUGUAUAAAAUACACUCUUUUCUUUUAAAAUCCAGGAUUUCAAAAUUAACUGAGAUCGUACUCUAAUGGUAAUCGUAUUUUACAGGAGACGCAGCCACAGUAAGCAACGAAAGUAAUUCUGGAGCCGAAGAGAAUGGCUCAAAGGGCGACGAAAAUCAUUUGUCCCAAAAACGAAGAGGUCCCAGGACUACCAUCAAGGCUAAACAGGUAUGUAUUGACUGGUAAAAAUAGAAAAGGCAAAACUUUAAAAUUAAAAAAAUUUUUUUUUAUUUUGAAAAUGAAAGUUCACUUUUACUCAUACUGCUAUAACAAGUUUUGUAAGAGACAAGAGUAGCUAUUAUACCUCUAUUGUAAGCGAUGUACGCUACUAUCUGGUUGCUCAAAUAGUUCUGAGCUUAUUCAAAACGAGUUUUUAGGAUUAGGGCUCAGAAUUAUUUGAACAACCGAAUAGCUCAAAAAACUUUUAAUUUGUAAAAUACGAUCCCUAUAAUGUUGUUGUUUCAGUUGGAAACCCUGAAAACCGCAUUUGCUUCAACGCCCAAGCCCACGAGACACAUUCGCGAACAGCUAGCCGCCGAGACUGGACUAAACAUGAGGGUUAUACAGGUAGGAGCCGUAAUUUUGACUUUAGUUUUUUGUUUAUAAAAGUACAAAAGACUGUAGUAAGUAUAGGAAUAGUCUGGCAACGAACUGCGGAUCUUUUUAUUUUCAGUUCAAAUAGCGGUCAAAAAGUUUGUAGAAAUGCUGUUUAUUUGGGAAGUUGUGUGGUUUUUAUGGCGUUUUUAGGCAUUUUUGGCUAAAUUCAGGUUUUACCUGAUUUAACAUAACUGUAUACCAUAGUAAAAUACAUUUUCUUAUCUGCAGUACUUAUCACUACUAUAAUAUAUUACCAAAUUUGCCGGCAAGACAACUUAUAGUAGCUUAUAUCUCUUACAAAAGUUGUCAUAUUAGUUUGUUCCAAUAAUUCUGGACCCGCUGCCUCAGAAAAUUUGUUUUGAGAGGGGCUCGGAAUUAUUUGAACUAAAUAUUGGGCCGUUCAAAAAAACUAUCCCCGACGACUUACUUUCAGAGGGGGCACAGAAUUAUUUGAAAAACUUUAUGUGAGGCUGGUCAAAUAAUUCUGAGCCUCUCUAACCCAGAAAAUGCGCUUUGAAAGGGGCUCAUAAUUUUUUGAACAAUUUAAUAGUAGCGCAUAUAUCUUACAAUAGAAGUUACAGUAACUUAUCUCUCUUACAAUAGAAGUUGUAGCAACUUAUACCCGUUACAAAAUAUGUUAUAGUAGAAUGGGUAAUCGAAUACCCCUUCCACCAAGUUUAAUUAGUCCCAAAGACCGUGGCCAAAAAACGGAUUAGGCAUUCGAAAAGACUUGGAAAUCGAAUUUGCUCGGCGAAUGAAAAUCCGACCCCCAGGGGAUUACGGUAAUUUCCGGAAAAACGCGGUAAACUUUUACGAAAUACCAUGUAAACUGUUGCCAAAAGAACAUAAAAGUUGGGUCAACAAGGUUUUUAAGGCACUAAAGUUGGAUUUAACAUCAUUUUAUGGGAAGAUACAAUAAGAUUUGGCAUUUUAUUACGUUGUUCAAAAAUUUCUGAGCUACCUCUUAAAGCAAAUUUGCAGGAUUGGUGGCUCAGAAUUUUUUGGACAAUUUAAAAUUAGCUGACUAGCUGAAACAGUAGACAAGAUCAUACCCCCAUGCCCUGACAAGUCCAUCUCCAUCUCAUUAGCGCGAAAUGUCACAACAUUUUGGCACUAUUCUAAUUAGGCCGACACCUGCUUAAGCGUUUCGAAUGUUCGGCCGAGCGGAAUGAAGCUCCCGGCUCCUUUUAUCUCGAGUUGAGUAAUCGCCAUGACAGAGUGCAUUUGGCCGUGUACAAACUCCUCAGCUCUCAAGGGGAUUACGGUAGUUUCGUACCGUAAUUGCAUUAGCCAACCUGACAGUCAGGCAACAUAACAUGUUAUAACUGGUUGUCCAAACAUGAAUGAGCUAUAUUUUUUGAAGGUUCCAAGUUACUGAAAAUUUGUUUGAGAAGGGGCUCAGAAUUAUUUGAACAGCCAAAAUUAUUUUAAAAAUAUUAUAAAUCAAGCACUUCAUCUUGAAUAUAACUUUAGGUAUGGUUCCAAAAUCGGCGGAGCAAAGAAAGGCGGAUGAAACAGAUGAGAAUCAAUGGAAAUUACCGUGGUAAUCGACGACAAAGACAGAAUAACAACAGAGACGAUGAUGAGCCACAAAACAUGGACUUUUUGCCUUUAGGUAAGGGUUUUUACCAAGUUCUGCUGAAUUAUCAUCAGAAUCAAAUUACAGUCAUUUUGGUAAAGGGAACAGAAUUAUUUGAACAACCGACUACUCUCUUUGCCAAAAUUUAUUUUAAAUUUUUCAGAAUCCAACCUCCCCACGCCUCGGUUCCAAACAAUCCAGUUCUCAACAAAUCCACCCCCAAACACAACUACCCUACCCUUGAUUCCACACACUCCCAACCCACCACCUCUAGCAACAUACGAUCUGUAUACCGCCGGUUCCAUCGAUGAAAUUCCGUUGGAUUUCUUGGGGAAUCCGAUGGAAACCAGUGCCAUUCCUUUUUGGACCACCCCCAACCUGGAUGACUUUAACAAGUUGACUGCGAAUGUGUAG